CGUCCCUUCCGCCACAGCCCCACCGCCAUCUUAUGAGGCAGGGACCGGGGCAGCCUUGCUCGCGCCGCUUGCGAGUUUCACCUCCGGAAAUAGACUGUAAAACAACACGCAAAGCAUAAUGCUUCCCUCGCCUCACCCCAAACACCUAACGGCCGGACUCACGAUAAAAUCGUGAGGGUUAGCGAACGUGGCUCGGCAGAUGCAGCGAUGGUAAGGCGGCCAGUUCCCUCGUCCUUCAGCGAGGGAAGACGUCUGCCUUGAACAGCGCUGCUGCCGACACGUAGAGGCGGCUCAGGUUGCUCUGAUAGCUGUAAGAGCUACGAGCGCAAAGCGCUCCGCGCGUCUUACAAACGGAAAGAGAAGAAGAAGCGAUACUCGAAACCACGCCCGGAGCCUGUUGCCAGGCCGGUACCACCCCCUUUCCGCCCCGCUCCCAGCGCCGGACGUGGCCCUGCUGCUGUAGAUGAGACGUUCACGGGAAGCGUGAAAAUUCUGGAGCAUGCUCCAAGUAAUUCAGCACUUUGGAAAAUGCCAGAUGAUACAGACUCAAAAUGCAGUUACCUCUGGUUUCACCACCUCUACCUCUUCAAGCAAAGCAGAGCAGAGGAAGCACAAAAGGCAGCUAGUGCCUCCUGUAGCAAAGUAACCUACCUAACUCUCUCCCUUUAGCGCAGGGGCUUCCACGUGAGCUGAUCUUGUGAAACAAAUAUCAUAUUCCAAAUCAGAUUACACCCACUGAUGUUAUAUCCUGGUUUUGCUGCUGCAGAGAUUGUUGUGAAACGUUAAAGAAACAAAUUCUGUCAGGAAUGACAGACACUAAUUGUAGACCAUGUCUGGAGCGUGAAAUGUUUCCUUGCUUCUAUUGAAAUAUCUUCCCUCUUAAUAAAACAAGCUGAUGUAAUCAGCUUUGCCUAUGGACCAUCAUCGGAAAAUGCUGGAUGGAACCAGUGUGUACUGGAUCUGGAUCAGUGAUUUAGCAAUGGUCAGAUGCCAGUCUUCCAAUGUUCUUGUGGACAGACUUGCAUACAGAACUGCUUAUAUAAAAAUGCAUCUAGUUAAGAAUGAACGCCAGAAAAGUGCUGUGAUAGACACGGGCUUCAUGUUGUGUUGGCUUUCUGUUUAAAAAACAGUAGGCUGGCAAUUUUUAAGGCACAGCAACAAAGUGAUGACCAGGUGCCAAGUGCCAGCUGCCCUUAUUUACCAGAUUGAACAAGAAUUGGAUAAAGAAGAAGAAGAGAUGAUGGUUUUCCUAUGCCGAGACCUUGCUCCUGAUUUGGCCACUGGCAACCUUAGAGAGGUCUUGGUGGCUUUGAAUGAGAGGGAGAAGUUGUCUUUCCUUGGCUUGUCUGAGCUGUUGUACAGAGUUAAGAGGUUUGACUUGCUGAGGAGGAUUUUGAAGACUGAGAAAGGAACAGUGGAAGCUAACCUUGCGAGGAGUCUCAGAUUUGUCCCUGAUUACAGGGUACUAAUGGUAGAGAUUAAUGAGAAUCUGGAAAAAGAAGAAGUGGGUUCUCUUGUUUUUCUACUCAGAGAUUAUGCACCUCGUAUGAAAAUGGCAAAAGAUAAGAGUUUUCUAGCUCUUGUGGUUGACCUGGAGAAACUAAAUUUGGUGACUCCUAAUCAACUGGAUUUGAUAGAAAAUUGUUUUCAGAAUAUUCACAGGAUAGACCUGAUCAGGAAGAUUCAGAAGUACAAACAUGAAGCUUUAAUGCCCUCCGUUCAUACUCAGCCAGUAUAUGUAAAUGCACUUCAGGCAUCUCUCCCUAAUCUCACUCUGAUUGAUCCUCCUUAUAGUUCAGGGAUCCAGAAUGUGAACAAAGAAAACUCACAAAAUGGACAAAGUCUUACUCUGGCAGAACCAGUCCACAUGUCCGUUCAGGAAUCAGGAUCAGUGUCCCAUAAGGUGUUUGAUGAUCAGUACAGAAUGCAAAGUCAACCUUUAGGAGUAUGCCUGAUAAUAGACUGUAUUGGCAAUGACACGGAUGUGUUGGAAGAGACCUUCAGAGGCUUAGGCUAUGAUGUUCGUUGUCACAGAUAUUUAAAUAUUAACACCAUGAAUCAAACAUUGCUUAAAGUUGCAAGGUUGCAGGAGCAUAGAAGUUGUGACAGCUUCGUUUGCAUAUUGGUCAGCCAUGGAAGUCCUCAGAGCAUCUUCUGUACAGACCAUACCUUUUCUGGAUUCCCUUUGGAACAAAUAAAGAAAUAUUUUACAGCAGACUCAUGUCCUGAACUCCUAGGAAAACCAAAGCUUUUUUUUAUUCAGACCUACAUUGUGCCAGAAAAUGAGCAAGAAUGUACUAGUCUGUUGGAAGUAGAUGGAAAUGAUGAGAAAGUCAUUGCCAGUGCAAAAAUCCCUUGGAAAGUCACUAUCCCCCAAGUGGCAGAUAUCUUUUGGAGUCACUGCAAGGUGGAUGUGUCUAUACUAGAAAAAUGUCCAAGUUCAUCCUCAUAUUAUCUACGUUGCUUGGCUGAGCUACUCCACAAUCCUCAUAAAAGGAAACUCUCUAUAUUAGAUAUCCAUACGGAACUGAACAGGAAAGUCUAUGAAUGGAAUCAGACCGCUGACCCCAGCCACCAAUACUCACUUCUGCUCCAACACACGCUGAGGAAGAAACUUUUUCUUUCUCCCACUUAACAGCUGUUAGAAAGGACAUGUUUGAAGUGGCUAACAAGAAACACUAUGAUUCAGACAGUUUCACACAUACUUUUUACUUUAUGCAUUGUUAUUGCAUGUGUAUCUAAAAUGCCUAUUGCUUCCAAACCUGUGGAUUUAGAAGUGUUUUCGUGUGUUAUUUCUGUUUUAAUACAGAAGGCUCUGAAAGCUUGGAUGAGAAUGGCAGCUUUCAUAUAGCACUGCAACAGGUCUUACAACUAAGUACAACAGGUAAACAAGGUGGAAAGAGCGCUAAACUGUAUAGCUGUUGGGUUUUCCAGGGGUUUGGGGGUUUAUUGGUUGUUUUUUAGCAUAACUAUUAGCAGUGCAGUGAUCUAGGUUCUUCUGUUGAUACUUCAAAUACAAGCCAGUGCAAAUCACUAAAAUCCACUGAGUGCUUUCCCCAGCACCUAGUAGUGGAAAAUAUGUCAUGAAAGAGUGCCUAGCCAGCAAAGCUAGUUCUUCAUUAACAAGUUCUAGUUUUCAUGCCUCCACAGACUAGCAAAACAGGAGGAGGAGAGAGAUGGUCUUUUAAAUAGUUUGGAUUCUGUCUGCCUGCCUCAUUAAAGGUUGUGGUCCACCUAGAACCGUGUGUCGUCAGUACGUCCACUGCACACAAGGUUUAUAUGUUAAUAAAUGAGACAGUCUGCCAUGUUUUGGGCUGUUUUCUGCUGAUGCAAAAAUGAGUCUGCCUGUGGCAGGGCCUUACAGUCAUCUACCACACAGUUUAAAGAGUGUAGGAUUUUGGCAGAUGUUUUAUGGAAGCUGGAACAUGAUGCACACUUGUUGCACCAGGUAUAGUUAUAAAAGUGCACUUUAUCGUAUUUGAACCUAAAUGUCAUGGAGCAGCCACUGGCUUUUAAGACACCCCACCUUUGCUACUUUUUCUUAUGAAAAAGGAUAGGUCUUUAUUAAUUGAUACUUUUUUUCAAGUUGUCCUUGAUCUUCUUAAAAAAAGGUGAGUGAAAAUUGUCUUAAAUACAGAAUUUUUUCUCCAGUGGAGCAGAUGCCUAACAUGAAGAGUUCAGGUAACCUGCUUGUUGUAUACAGCAUAACCUGGACGAGUGGUAUUGAAAUUUAUUAUCACUGAAUUUAUGGAAUCCUAAUUCCCUCCUAAUGUAGGCCGCUUAUAGACUUUUAAUACUCUUAAUGCAGUCUCCUGUCCAGGAAAAAAAUUUGAGGCCUUGGUGUGCCUUGCUUGGUUUCUGGUGUAGUUACGUCAUAAGUCCUAGCAUGUGUUUCAUGCAAGUAGAAAGGAAAGGGGGUUUUACUAGUACGGGGUAUGCUGGUUCCUCUAGCAAAUGUACUGCAAAAAGAUUUUUUUGCUAGUGUAGCUGCAUUUGAUUUGAACAAAAAGCAUGUGUGCUUACAUACAUAACUUCACUAACAAUGCUUUUCAUUGUAGACCAAGUCUUAACAGGCAGCCAGGUUAUUGAUACUAUACACUGUAUACAAUAAUUAUAUUCAUAAUUAUUAGGAGAUUUUGGCCAGUAAACUCUGGUAGCAGUGACUUUUUUUUUUUUAUUCCUUGAUGCUAUGCUGUACUACUUAGGUGUUGCCUUGAUGUAAUUUUUAUUAACUUUUUUUUUUCAAACCAGGCUUCUUAAGUUUCAUUCUGAAAAAAAAAAAUAGUUUUAAAGUAGCUUUUAUAACUGAAAGUAAAAAUCACUUUUAUUUGAAAAAAAAUAUGUAUCAAAGUCUAAAAAGUGCUCAGGAUUCCAUCCUUGUUAUGUGAUGUAGACCCAGACCCUUCUUGGCUUGAGAGGUUCCUAGACUGCUGAUCAAUGAGGAUUGUUAAGAGUAUACAAAGAGGAGAAACCAACUGAACAAGUGUUACCUUAUAGUCUUUAAAUAUCCAUAUAAAAUGUUAAGAUUAAAAUGUAUAUUUAUUCAUAUUAAUGUACAAUUUUGUAUAAUAUAUAUAAAGUACAUUUUAUAUCAUGGUGAUUAAAUUUUCACUUGUUAUCUUUUUUAAUUUUAUAAACAGUUUUAUUUGCAUAUUAACUCUAGGAAGUUACAUACACAGUUGUGAUGAGAAGGUAUUAUUGCACAAUUUAGGGAAACACUCAUCUGUUGCAAGCCUAUACAUCCCAUACUUUUCUCUUUCCACUUCAUAAGCUGUAGUGUCAUCUUUAAUUAAAGUACAUGCAAACUUUUUAAUAGCUUUGAAUUGGGAAAUGCAACCCCAAAUCUUUUGUUAAGCCAUGGGUACGUAUGUAAUUUGUCUUACUGUAAUUUUAUGUAAGUCAGACAUAAGAGAAAAAUAAAAAAUAAUUCUUUGCGAAAUUCA